UCUACAUCAAUUAUAUAAACAUAAAUAUUCAAAAAUAUUCUGCUUCAAAGAAGAAUAAAAAAACUGAAAUUGAAUUGAAAUCAACAGGAUAAUGUUGCCAUAAGGGUCCUUAAUUAUGAAAUUGUAUGCCAUGCAUAACAUACUGUGGAUAGAAAUCACAGGGAAAGUUACUGGUAUGCUAAUGGCCUAGGUGCACAAGAUGGCGCUAAUGAGCUUCAGCGACGCGAGUGUGUGCAUACUUGUUUCCGGUCCUGCGACGCUCGCAUUUUCUAUAGAGGGUUUUCACCAACGUCACGUUCUGGGCGGUAACCCGGAUGCGCGGCCAUUGUGGAGGUACUCGGUGUAAAAAACUGAACGGAGUACAAUGGAGUAUAGUGCGCUUUGGAUACUUUAAGUGAAUGUAGCCAUGUCUAAACAACCGAAAAGUUCAACAAAACAUGCCCAAGAUGCAAAGGCAUAUAGGGAAGGACUUGGACCACAAGAAAAGGCGCAAUAUUUCGAGAAAUUACAAUUUAUUGGCGGUGCAGAUCCCUACAAGUUAGCUCCCUCUUCUUGGAUCCGUGAUGACCCGGUGAUUCUUCCUUCAGUUGCAUAUCCCGAUAUAGUCAACUACCUGGUUUUCUCGCCGAGCCCAUACACAGCGGAAGACCUUAAAUCCUACAAGGGUUUGGAAGCUUAUAACCAGAUGGUGUGUGGAUGGGUGAGGGAGACGCAGUACCAAGUUAUCAAUGACCGUUGUAUUGUGAAGGCCAAAGUACUCCAUUCUCAAUCAAUCCGAGAAACACCCCUCAAACCCUGGAUAAUCGCUGAGAAGUCUGGUCGUAUACUUGGAGCCCACUCCACAUGUAUGGCUGGCCUCGGAGAGACAUGCACACAUGUUGCUGCAUUAUUGAAGAAACUCAUUGAAGAAACAGUGAAGUUGAGGGUCUCAAAGACAGUGACGCAAGAAAAGGCAUACUGGCUGUUUCCUACUGCACUGUCAAAAGUGGAAUACAGGGAAUGCCAGAAGAUUGACUUCACUGUGACAAAGAGAUUUCAAGUAAAAGCUGGCAAGAUUAAUUAUUCUGCUCAUGGACAGUCACUUGAUGAACAAAGUGCUAGUGAUAUGUCUACUGAUACAGUUAUGAAAACACAACCACCAACCAGUGAUGAACUGUCAUCAUUAUUCAGUGCUCUUAGUGCAACUGGAUCAAAGUCUGCUAUUUUGUCCCUGAUUGAACCUUACUCUGACAGUUUUGUCCCCAAAGUGAUUGGAGAAAACUUCCCUCCUGUGUUGACUGAUUUGAGAAAGGAUGAAGCAGUUCACAAGGACUAUAGUGAUCUGUUGUCCAUGUGCAAAGAUGUUGACCUUUCAGUAUCAGAGGAGCAAGCAAAGGCAGUUGAGGCCGCUACAAGGGAUCAAGCCUCCUCUAAACUGUGGUUUUGAUUUCAUGCUGGUCGAAUUACAGCAUCUAAAAUGAAAACUGCAUGUUGCACUGAUCCAAAACAACCAUCACAAAGCUUUAUCAAAAGUGUGUGCUAUCCUGAGUCAUACAAAUUCACAUCAAAAACCACUACCUGGGGAUGUAAUCAUGAGAAAUUAGCACGUGACAUGUUUAUAGAUGUACAUAAGGAAUCUCAUGAAAAUGUUAAA